UUUAAUAUCCCUCGGCGCACGUUAGCAUCAGCCCCUUCCUUUCUGGGACCUUCGAUUUUUCGAUUUUUGCCGUUCUUUUAUCUGGCAAAUAUGUGCUAAAGAUUUGUUUCUCCCAAAUUUCCAUCAAACCCUAUCGCUCCUUGCGCCUCACAUCAAGCUUGACGACGCCAUCGUUCAGAUCCGUAAUUGUUUUCGUGAGAUCCCUGAUCUGUCGCUCUGAUUUUGGUGGUUUCGCGUCCGGUUUCCUUGAUUUUGAGACUCCCUCCGGUCGUUUGUUCCAUUCCAGUUGCUCCACCAAACGUCACACGUUCUGCUGGUGCUCAAUAGUCGGUGUAGAUUUGCGGUCCGGUGAAUGAUGGCUCGUGCUGGAGGAAUAACGAACGCUGUAAACGUAGGAAUUGCAGUGCAAGCGGACUGGGAAAAUCGGGAAUUCAUUUCCCACAUCUCUCUCAACAUUCGCCGCCUCUUUGAUUUCCUCCUGCAAUUUGAGUCGACUACGAAGAAUAAAUUGGCGAAUUUGAACGAGAAGCUGGACACUUUGGAGAGGCGCCUGGAAUUGCUGGAAGUACAAGUCAGUAAUGCGACAGCCAAUCCGGCACUUUUUAAUUCCAGUUGAUCUUAAACUAAUUCUUGUCCUUCCGUUGAAAUUUUGAAUCAAAUUGUUAAAGUUUGGGGACUGACUGUUUUGUUUUUAUAGUUUUCCGUUGUGGAAUGAUAUCUUGUUGUUGUUUCUUUCAUAUGUAUAUUGAUUAAAUUGUGAUUUCUAUACAAUGUAGAUAUAGUUACUUUCUGAAUUGGUUGUGGACAA